AGGACAGCAGUGGGUACUUAACAAUAUCACCAAGGUUUCUGGGACCAACAGGAAUUUGUCCUACACUGUUGUGAUUGGAGGACUUGAGUCCUACACUAGAUACAGAAUUGAAGUCUUAACAGUGACACAGUUUGGAAUCUUGAGCUGCAGACAGGUACCCCUGAUUGUUCAAACAGCGGUGAAGCCUCCUGGUGAUCUGCUGAUGCUAAGCUUGAAUGACAGCCUGUCAGUUUGCUGGACAGCUCCACCUAGUGAUCUUCCAGAUGCAUAUUACGUGACAACCCAAUCGUUUAAUAGUACUUCUGUUUCUUCGCUGUGGAUAAACGACUCCAGCUCUGGUGGAUUUGGGAAAAAUGAAUCAAUUUGUGUUAAUUUGGGCUCAUUUACUCCUGGUCACACAUAUGAGGCAGCAGUCGUUGCCACGAGGGGAAAUUAUAGGAGCGAGAGGUCCAUUAGCAUUCACACCACAGCUCCAUUGCCUGUGCAGGUGGCACUACCUGUAUCUGUGGGGACAAACUAUACACAACUGUAUGUUCAGCCUCCAAAGCUGGGUCUGAGUGAUGGUGUCAAAGUGUGUGCAUGUCUUGGAGUUUGCAACAGGGCAUGUAAAAGAUCGUGUGAGUAUUCCUGUGACUGGCAUUCCCUACCUGCUGGCAUUUAUACCACAACCAUCAGCAGUCUUACUCCGGGGACACAGUACCAGCUGAGUGUGUACAGUACUAUGAAAGGAAGAAUUGGACCACCUUUCUACACGCAUCCCAUUAAAACAAGUCUAGCUCCACCGAGCAGAGUGAGGGAAGGAGUGGUGACAGAAACAUCCAUAGAGCUGCUUUGGGAUCCGGCUCCAGGACAGGGUCAGAGCUAUGAGGUCAUAUGCUUUAACUGCGGCCAGAAACUCAAGGUACAGAAGGUGUUUAGUCAGAGUGCAGUGUUUUCUGGUCUGACUCCAGGCUCACUCUAUCACUUUGCUGUACGGACAGAGAAGGAGUCCUUCACUGACAGUUCACCUGUCUCAAUCAAUAUCACUGCAGCUCCUGGCAAAGUGGAGGUUUCACUCGUCAAUAAAACAACAGCAUCCAUAUGCAUUAGCUGGAGUGAAGCCAGAGGACUGGUGAGCUCAUUCAUUCUGUCCAUCAAAAACACGACAUCCAUUCAGGAGCUGAUCGUUUCUCAUCAGGAGAGCAGAUCAUACAAUUUCCAAGGCCUUGCUGAGGGCAGCAAGUACACAAUUGAGCUGAUCACGACUAGUUUGGCAAAAAGAAGUAAGCCUUGUACUGUGAUCCUGUAUACAAUGCCAGGGAUGCCAAAGCAAGUGGUUACAUCAGAGCACUCCGAUACGUCUGUAUUUCUGACUUGGAAGCCACCAGCAGGACAGGUUGACAAGUACAAGCUUCGUUUUGGUCUGCUGUCUGCAGACAGGAAAUCUUGGACUGAGGUCUUCACCGAGAGCACAAACUAUGAGGUCAGAGAAUUGAUCCCGGGGUCAGCCUAUGGGGUCAGCAUUCAGAGUGUUCUGGGAUCAGACAGUAGCCAUGAAGCAAACAGAGAGUUCAGCACACCACAAUGCAGCCUUCGUUUGAAUAAGGUGGAUGCUUCGUCCUUCUCUGUGAGCCUGGACGGGGCACCUGGGGAGUUCGACUUUCACAGAGUAACCGUGGCCAACCUUACGGUCACAAAAGUACUCACAAUUCCUAAAGAGGAGCAGGUUGCUGUGGUUACAGGCCUGCUGGACGGGUGCAGCUACAACGUGAGUGCCGAGAGAGUGAGAGGAGUGACAGCAGAAAGUGCUGCUUUUCUGACUGUCACCACAGUGCCAAAGCAAGUGAGAGGCUUGCAUUUGUUCAACGUUUCUGAACGUGCAUUCUCACUACGCUGGCUGCAACCAGAGGGGUGUGUUGAUCACUACCAAGUGAGACUGCAACCAAACCAAGGAGCAGUCACAUUUCACCCUGUCCAUGAUGAAUACAUCCAGGCUGACGUGGUGGAUGUUACUCCUGGGACGCAGUAUUCUGUGACAGUCUCUGCAGCCUCCGCAUCAAAAAGUAGCCCUGGAGUGAGUCGCAUCAUCCUUACCAAACAGAGCGUACCUGGUCCUCCACAAGCCCUCGAGGGAGAACCUGUUGGGUCUAAUGGGAUUCUAUUGUCAUGGACCAUGCAACCUGGUGCAAAUAUAGAUGGAUAUGUAAUCAGGUACAAGGAGGUUUGCCCAUAUCCUGAUCCCUCUUUCACACAGGUGACCAAGUACCUGGAUGUACCAGAGACUCUAAUCACAGACUUUACCUCAGGUUCAACAUACCACAUCCAGGUAGCAGCUAUGUCUGCAGCUGGGACAGGGCCAUUCAGCAAACCUUUGUACAUAAAGACAUCUGAGUCACCCCCUGGCCUGGUGACCAAUGUGACGGCGUAUGCUCAGAAUCACACCUUUGUCAUGGUUACCUGGUUCCUGCCACGCCGCAUAAAUGGCCUCAUCACAAAGUUUGCUGUCAAAGCAAAGCAUGCUCGAACGGGGCAGACAGUUCGCAUGCUGGAAGUCAAUGCAGAGGAAAUCAUGACUGGAGCCCUCCCUCAUUGCAAUGAUGCGGCUGAUAUCUUGUCACGAGCGACUCCCAGCCCCUUGGAGAUAACAGCUUCAUCUCCACCCAUCACCCUCUCUGCCGUGCCACCCGCAGCAGCUUGGAACGUGCCUAUAUCAGUAGGAGUGGAUCAGCUGCGACCUUACACUGCCUAUCUUUUUGAGGUUUCUGCCUUCACCUCUGACGGAGAGGGACAGGUAGCCUCCACCAUGGUUCGCAUGCCAGAAUCAGCACCGGAAGAUUCGCCUGAAAACCUAUCAGUGUUGAACAUGACAUCUAGGUCAAUUUCUGUGUCGUGGAACUCUCCAACCAUCAUCACUGGAAAAUUCAGCUAUGUGCUUUACCUUUAUGGACCUACAGGGUUUUUGUAUGAAAACAGCACAUGGGACAUGCGUUUCCUUUUUACUGGAUUGACUCCCUAUACAAGGUAUAUUGUGGCUGUCCGAGCUAAAGCAGCUGGAGAGGUGGGACCAGCAGCUGAGGAGGUUCUAACAACACCAGCUGAAGCACCCAGCGCAGUUCGGAACUUGGAGGCAGUGGCCGAGGAUUCAGUUUCAAUUCGUGUUAGUUGGAGAAGCCCUGCCCAGCCCAAUGGUCCCAUAAUUCGAUACAGGCUGCAGGUCUUGGCUGACAGUACUCUGCUGCAGGACAUCACCCUCACAUCAGGGAAUAUAACAGAUUUCUUUGAGAAUCAAACAAAUCAUCCUGUUGUCGACAACCUUCUGAGGCGGAGAAAGAGAUCUGAUGAGCUCACUCCCGUCACGUCUCCACCAGCGUUUACGGCUACAAUCUCAGCUCGCACUACACCCACCGCAAUGACUGCUUCCAGCUUUCACCACUCAGAAAAUAGAAGCACUGAUCACUCUACUAACACAGAUUUUCAGCCUACUCUGCACCCUGCGCUCGCUGAUGAGUCCAGCCCGGGUUAUGAGUCAAAAAACGUCACUCCACCCUCUUUGAAUGUCGAAUCUAGGACGUCUGCAAUGUCCGUGAUUUCUGUGUCACCUAACACACUUCCAUCCUGGCUCAUACAGCAGUCACACACAGAGGCGGUGACCUCAGCUGUUUCUAACAUGGGCCUGACUCCAGGUCAACAGCGCCUGUCCACACGUGACGCAUCCUCUGCAGGACGAAUUUCAACACGCAACGCAGCAGUAACUACAGGUGUAACAGUAAGAGAAGAAGUGGUGGAUGUUUUAUCCGAGGAGCUUUCGUACGUGGUGUCGGAUCUAAAUCCUUUUACUGAUUACACAUUCAGAGUUACUGCCUCCACCACUGCAGGAGAAGGGCCUGCUACAGAUAUCACUGAGAAGACCAGUGAGCAGGUUCCCAGCUCUGUGCUAGAAGUGUCCUAUCAAAAUAUCAGUUCCACAUCAAUUCUAGUAAGUUGGGUCCCACCAAUCAAUCCCAAUGGGCGGAUCACACAUUACAGCAUAUAUGGUCUCAAUCUGCGCAGCAAUCAAGCCCUAAAGUGGGUUACUAACACCACCAGCAUGCUAAUAUCAGAUCUGGACAAGUACACUGGCUAUAAGCUACGUGUGGCUGCAUCUACAGCGGUGGGAGAGAGCUCUCUGUCAGAGGAGGAUGAUGUUUUUGUUUUUACUUUAGAGGACGAACCUGACUCCCCUCCUGAUAAUCUCUCUGUGGUAGAAACGAGUCCAUCUACAGCCACUCUGACCUGGUCUGCCCCACAGAGAGCUAAUGGAGUGAUCCAGUACUAUGAGGUCUUCUAUGAAAACGACUCGUACUCUGAGAUGGUGAACACCACUUCUAACAGAGUCACGCUGAUCAGUUUGGCACCUUUCUCAUUUUACAACGUGUCUGUGAGGGCGUACACACGCUACGGCAAUGGCAACCAAACAUCUGAAACUUUGCACCUGCUGUCUGGAGAAGAUGUUCCAGGUAGUCCUCCAUACGGACUGUCCUAUGAGUCAGUCAGUCCCAGUGAGGUGAAUGUGACAUGGAACGCUCCCCUGCAGCCAAACGGGGUUGUUACUCACUACAGCCUGGAGCUCUGGAACUCCACACACUACCUGAACCUCACCUCACCGACCACCUUCCUCCACAUCACGCACCUGAGGAAAUAUGCUCAAUACCGCAUCGUGGUUCAAGCACACACUCGGGCAGGGCCAGGAAACUUCAGCAGCGAGCCACUCAACAUCACCACACUUGAGGAUGCUCCAGACACUCCCCCUCAGUUUCUCCAAGCCAGGAAGUUAUCAGACUAUGAGGUAGAACUGUCAUGGGAGCCACCACUUAACGCCAACUCAGAAAUACUCUACUACCUUGUCAGAGUUUGGAAUGAAACUACUGAAAUGUGGCAGAAUGUGACAGAGACGUCGGUGGUUAUUAAUGUGGAUUCAGAGAGUCGCUACAAUGCCUCUGUCUCCAGCUGGACUAGACUGGGAGAUGGAGGGGUGCUGAUCUAUAUCAGCUUCACCACCACAGAAGCAGAGCCAUUUGACCCACCACAGAAUGUGACAGUUGUCAAUGUGACUGCUUCCUCUGUCACCUUGAUGUGGCAACCACCCACUGAACCGAAUGGGAUCAUUGUGCACUACACUAUUUACUACACUGAUAACGGUACUGUGACAGAAAAGAGAGUUCUUGUGACAGACUUACCUGUCCGUUACUCUCCCAACUCACCCUUCAUCUACACCGUGACUCAGCUGAUCGGAGGCAGCAAUUACACCAUGUGGAUGACUUCGAGCACCAUACAGGGCGAUGGGGGGGUCCAGUCAGAGCGUAUAAACCUGCUCUUGCCGGAAGACGUGCCAAGUGACCCAGUCUCAAACCUGACGGCUCAGAAUUUCAGCUCCACGGCCAUCAUUGUGAGCUGGGAUCCUCCCACUGAGCCAAACGGACGUCCAUACUACAUACUCACCUUACAGGAGGCAGGGAUAUUCCCAAAUAUGACCAGCCAAGGGAUUCUGGCUGUCAACAAAACCAUCAGGCAAACUACUACAGACAAUGUUUUCCUGUUUACCCGACUAAGGAAGCAUUUCCCAUAUGUACUGACUGUUACUCCAGCAACUGGUGCUGGUCCUGCCUACAACCAAACAAGCACAAUGUACCUGAGAACAGAUGAUGACAGUCCAAGUUCUCCUCCAUUGCUGUUGUCAACUAGAAACCUUUCUUCGUCUUCUAUCGCUGUGGUAUGGCAACGCCCUCUGGAGGCUAAUGGAGAGAUAACAGAGUACACCCUCACUCUGUCUGGACCUGAAGGCACCAACACAACACAGACCACCAACACCUCAGUCAUCCUUACCGACUUGGUGUCGUACACGGCUUACAACCUCACCAUCCUAGCCUCGACGCGUAAAGGCUCAGGGCCUAGCCUGCUCGUGCAGCUUCACACUGAUGAAGGCGGCCCCUCCACCCCUCCCGCUAACCUGACUAUAUACAACCAUACAGCAGUUUCCGUGUGGCUGACCUGGGAUCCUCCUCUAGAGCCUAAUGGAGUUGUGAUAAAGUACGGAUUCAGGAUCCAAGACCUCAUCACACAAACCGUCACACAUCGGAAUUCCUCUGGUUCAUCGACCAUGGAGCAUCUGUCAGGCUUCAGGCCUCAUAGCUCCUAUGAGAUCAGUGUGUACAGUUACACCAGAGUGGGCCAUGGGAAUCAGUUCAGCAGCCCUGUGACCUUCACAACCAAUGAGUCAGUAUCAGAUGCUGUGGGAAAUCUGUCCUGCUUAGGACUGAGCUGGGACUCAGUCCAGAUCUCCUGGGAAGUUCCAGCCAACCCAAAUGGACAGAUCCUGUUUUAUGAGAUCACAGGGGAGGUCAACAUGCAAACCUUCACACACAAGGCUGACACACUAGAGUACACAGUGACUGGGCUGUCACCAGACCAGGAGUAUGUAUUGGCUGUAGCUGCAGUGAACUCUGCUGGACCAGGAGAUAUCAACAACUGCACAGCCUUCACCCUUUCUGAAUCAGUUCCAACUGCUCCUCGCCUCCUCUCUAUCUCUGAGGUCACAGCCACCAAUGUGACACUUGAAUGGAAAUCACCGGUCUCUGUUCCUGGCCUGCUGAAAGAGUAUCAUGUCAUUGCACAGCUGAUUUCCACUGUUUGCGAACCAAUCAUACAAGCUACUACCCUGCCAACCCUAGAGGACGACAAGGCCUUGCAUUGUGUGGAGGACAAUUUUACCGUUUCAGUAAAUGCCUCGGAUAACGCUGAAGAAAGCAGUGUCACCCUUCAAUCCCUAGCUAAAUACAGAUACUAUCGCUUCAAGGUGGCUGCAGUGACCAACGCGGGACCUGGAGCAUAUGCACAGUGGAGUUAUGCACGCACUCUGGCUGGAAAACCUGAUGCUCCUCCCCGUGACCUUAAAGUGACUCCAACCUCCACCAGCCUCCGGAUUGCGUGGCAGGUUCCAGCUGUUCUCUCGGGACCAACUUCAUAUCUAGUGCAGGUGGAUGGUCCUGGUGUGAACAUAUCAAUAGUUCGGGGCCCAGGAGAAUUGACUACAGUCUUUGUGACCAAUUUAACAGCUUUCAGUAAUUAUGCCGUGACUGUCACCGCCUUUACUGGUUCAUUAGAGGAUGCUGGCAGUGACGGGAGAGCCAUUGGGCCUAUUGUCUUUCAGACACUGGAGGAGGAGCCCAAAGACCCUCCCAAGAAUGUUACCGUCACUGCUGUCCCAGAGGAAGUGAACCUGGUCAGGGUGAGCUUCAGUCCCCCUGAAGAGCCCAAUGGAAACAUCACAACUUAUUACCUAUUUGUGUAUGAGAAGGACCGGCUGAUUAAAAAUAUGAGCCUUGAUAAUAUCCACGGAGAACCCAACAUGCUGGUGGCUUUCAUAGAAGGGCUUAAAGGAGGGCACACCUACAGUAUACAGAUUGCAGCCAGAAACGGGGCGGGCAGGAGCCCACUGAGUCCCCAUGUCCAGAUAACUACGGGGAUUAAAGCCCCAUCCAAGCCAACCCAAAGACCCCAAGCAGUUCUGGGCCAAGGAGGGGUUGCCAUAGUAACCCACAGGAGCAUAACCAUCCGCAUGCCAGCCUGUUUCUAUAGUGACGACAACGGACCGAUUGCAAAAAUCCAGGUCAUCGUGGCCGAGUCAGGGGUGAGGGACAGCGAGAACCUGACCAACUGGAGGACAGCCUACCAUCAGCGUCCUGCUCCUUACUUUACUGAUGCAGGGUUCCCCAACCCCACAUGCUUAGAGAGGGACAGGGCAGCAGGUCUGGAUAUGCAUGUCGUAAGCAGUCGUAGGGUGUCUGGACCCAACCCUUCACUGCGGAGGUACAACCACACCAAUGCAGGGACCUACGUGAUUGGAGAGAACGACAACUGCAUGCAAGAGAACAACACUGAUCAUUUCUGUAACGGGCCUCUGAAGGCCAACACUGUCUACGUGUUUAAAUUCAGAGCCACUAACAUCAAUGGCCAAUAUACAGACUCUGAAUUCUCUGAGCAUAUCAGGACUACAGCAGAUGGACUGCUGACCAAAGAGGAACAAAUCAUCCUGGGUGUUUUGCUGUCAUUCUUCCUGGCUGUGUUACUCAUCCUGCUUAUCUGUUGCUCAGUCAAGAUCCACCAGCGUAAGAAGGAAGGUGGGACCUAUUCACCCAGAGAAGCUGAGAUCAUAGAGACUAAAUGCAAAUUAGAUCAACUGAUUGCUGUUGCUGAUAUGGAACUGAAGCAAGAAAAACUCAAUCGGCUGCUCAGCUACAGGAAGUCGCUCAAGCCUGUCAACAAGAAAUCCUUCCUGCAGCACGUAGAAGAUCUGUGUGCCAAUGACAAUUCAAAGUUUCAAGAGGAGUUUUCGGAUCUCCCAAAGCUGCUGCCAGACCUGGCCACAACAGACGCCGACCUGCCCUGGAAUAAAUCCAAAAACCGCUUUCUCAACAUCAAACCCUACAAUAACAACCGAGUGAAGCUGCUGUCAGAACCAGGCAUGGCAGGAUCAGACUACGUCAAUGCAAGCUUUGUCUCAGGUUACUUGUGUCCCAAUGAGUUCAUAGCCACUCAGGGUCCUCUGCCCAGCACUGUGGCGGACUUUUGGAGGAUGAUCUGGGAAACAGGAACCCGCACAGUUGCCAUGCUCACACAGUGUUAUGAGAAAGGCAGGAUUCGUUGUCACAAGUAUUGGCCUGAGGACAACAAGCCAAUGACAGUGUUUAGUGACAUCCUCAUUUCUAAGGUGUCAGAGGAAGUGCUUCCUGACUGGACUGUCAGAACAUUAAAAGUAGAAAAGCACGGUCACUACAUUUUAGUCAAACACUUCAACUACACAUCAUGGCCAGAGCAUGGAGUACCAGAAUCCUGCAGCACCUUGAUUAAGUUUGUCAAAGCUGUCCGAGCCCAUCGCCAUGACAACUCCACCAUUGUGGUCCACUGCAGUGCUGGUGUGGGAAGAACAGGCGUAUUCAUUGCUCUCGAUCACCUCAUUCAGCACAUCAGAGAUCAUGACUUUGUGGAUAUUUAUGGGCUGGUGGCUGAGCUGCGCAGUGAGAGGAUGUGUAUGGUGCAAAAUCUGGCCCAGUACAUCUUUCUCCAUCAAAGCACACUGGAACUUCUGAACAACAAGGGCAAUAGCCAGUCCAUAUGGUUUGUUAACUAUUCAGCUUUGGAAAAGAUGGAUUCUUUGGAUGCCAUGGAAGGUGAUGUUGAGCUGGAAUGGGAAGAGACCACCAUGUAAACCACUAAUACAAAGAUUUGUGGGAGCUUUUCUGGAAUCAUGGGACUCUUAACUGAACCUCCACCUUGUAAAACAAGUUAGGCUACCAGUAAAGAACUUGAAGGGAACAAUACUUGGUUGCUCCACUUCAAAUCUUUUUCUCUGCCCCGUUUCUACUUUAUUGCACAUCUUGUCCAGCUGUUUCCAAACACAAAGAGAGAAACUCUUGGAGGAGCUAUGACUUGUAGCAAUGAGACGGACAGAAAAGGAAAGAGUGAGCUAAAUGACAGACUUGUAUCUUUGAUGUACUCCUUCAGGUACUUUGCACAACUGUAUUCCAGCACUUAAAAGCAUUAUUAUCUGUUUUUUAAGAUAAUUUAUUCAGCCAAAGUGGUAUUUUUGAGUGUCUUUGUAACUUUGCUAGUGUUCAGGUAAUGCCGAUCCUUUCUCAAGAGUGAUUUGCAAAAAUUAAAUCUUUUCUUUUGUCUUGAUACUUGACAGUGCAACGUUUCCCCAUGGGUUUACUGUCAUCAAAUGUUUAUUAGCUUUUGAUAUUAAAAAGAAAAAAAAUUAUAAAAGGAAACACUUGCCAGUGAUGUCUGCAAAUAAAUUGGUGAUAACAGAGGUUAUAUUACACUUAAUGUUUUGUUUCUC